AUCACCGCCAAGCUCAGUUUACUUGGGAACUCCCGAUUUUGACCGAGUUCGGUGAUUUUUAUUUGUUUUGUUUGUUGUCCUAAAUUCCUACGAUGUCUUCAGUGGAGGAAUUCAAGUUCUAGGGUGUCUCUCGUACCUAUGGACACAGAUUUAACGAUAUUUAUCAUCAAACAUCACAUUUCCACGCUGGUUUUUCCGAAACUUCGAUCGCGAACAUCGCUCGAAACACUGAACCGCACCGCGAGGACAUGGGAACAACAGAGUUUCUGUCAUAGCGAGAAUUAAUCAAUGGGACGCCAUCUCUUCGCUCAAUUUCGACUCGAACCAGUUCGGCUAGGCAGCGGCACCGUACCUCCGGACCACUGACAAUCGAAUCUCGGGGAGCGAGCCUGGGGCUUGGCCCUCUUCUCCGGUGCGAUCGCAAAUAGCUCCAUGGUACAGCGCAACACGGGAUUGCUGACGCGACGACACCGGGACAAAGCAAACAUGUCUUGUUUUACAACCCAUUGAUUCAGCUUGGACUGCUAGAUUGUUAAUGCCAAAUUCAGCCAUAAAUCGACAAUUUCCUCAUCACCAUGGAACCGAGUGCUAGUUUGACUAGCUUGUGGGGUUCUGAGGGUCAUGGUAGCCCAUUAAAGUCGCAACCCUCGACACCUUCAAAGUCUCUAGGUAAAGAUAUCCUUGGUGAAGAGGUGACAAGCUUUUAUGAAGAUGCUGGCCUGGGAGGCAUUGCGCGAGAGGCAAAGUUGAUUGACCCUUCUGGCACACUGAGAAGUGAUGGCAAUCUCCAACAAGUCACAAGAGUUGUUCAUCUUCCUCAAUUAAUCUCACCCAAACCCUCCCCCAUGAAGACCACCACCCAGAUCCUACCCAAAGUGGCAACCAUCGUCACGACAACCAAUGUCAACACACUUCCAGUGAUCCUCACACCUCAGAGGCAAGUCUUAGCAACUGGGAGUCCAAGUCAAUCACAAACUUUCACACCUGUUGCUUUACAAUCACCAAGUUGGACAACAGGGUCAUCACAGAAAAGAAGGGGUGAUUUUUCAGAUGAAUUUGAUAAUAGUAGCAAGAGGAAGAAGAGGGAGAAUCAGAAAGAAUCAAAGGGUCUCCGUCACUUCUCGAUGAAGGUUUGUGAGAAAGUACAGCAGAAAGGUAUCACAUCGUACAAUGAAGUAGCAGAGGAGCUCGUCAGAGAAUUUAGUCAGCCAGCACAUCAAUUCUUACCAUCAGAAUCGCAUCAGUAUGAUCAGAAGAACAUCAGGCGGCGGGUCUACGAUGCCCUCAAUGUCCUCAUGGCAAUGAACAUCAUCUCAAAAGAAAAGAAAGAGAUUAAAUGGAUUGGUUUGCCAACGAACUCAAGACAAGAAUGCGAUAAGUUAGAGACAGAGAAGAGGAAAAGAUUAGAGAGUAUAAGGCAAAAGAAAUCACAGCUUCAGGAACUCCUCUUACAGCAAAUUGCUUUCAAGAACCUGGUUACGAGGAACAAGAGGUUAGAAGAUACAGGAGCAAGUCCGCCAACCAGUAACUCAGCCAUUCACUUACCUUAUAUUAUUGUUAACACAAGCAAGAAGACUGUCAUUGACUGCAGCAUAUCAAAUGAUAAGUAUGAGUAUCUUUUUAACUUCAAUGACACCUUUCAAAUCCAUGAUGACAUUGAGGUAUUAAAGCGAAUGGGUAUGGCGUAUGGACUGGAGAAAGGUCAAUGUACUCUAAGUGAUCUAGAGAGGGCCAAGACAAUGAUACCCAAGACGUUAGAACCUUACCUUGCAGAAAUGGCCCAGCAGAGCCAGAGCACGUCGAGUACAACAAUCAUCGCAGGACCAAGUGGUAUCCAUACCCAGAGUGCUUCAAAGCCUCGCCUACCGGGUGAUCCUCAGUUCUCGCCCCUUGCUGUUCCGCUCUCACAUUCUGUUGAUGCAGAGGUUGCCUUAGCGACCGCUGACCUGGCCAUCUCCCAAUCAUCGAGUUUAAGUUCCUACUCGGACGCAGGCCCAUCACGAGGUGCUACCGACACGCCCAGCUCGUUACUCGACACCGACAGUGACGAAUCAAGUCGUGAAUCAUUCCAAGUCUAAUACACAGUCUUCCGUUUAUUUGUCCAAUUGCCUUUUAUAUCAUAAACUCUUCGAUCAGCCUUGAUGUACCCUACAAAGACUAUGCUUCACAGACUGAAUAUGUGCGAUGGCUUUCAUCUUGGUUUGAUAGUGAGGCUAUUACAGUUUCAGGACUUGUGUCAGCCAAGAAUCGAUUGGACCUACGUUGUAUUGUGAAACCCAUUGAGCGAGCGUGUGGGGUAUUUCAUUACAGAUGAAGAAAGUGAGGAGCAAGGAAAAAACAAAAGGAUUUGUUGAAAACCAGAAGAACUGUUGAAGUGUUUGCAGAGAUGAGCUGAGGUGAUUUCUUUAUUUCAGGAAGGAGUGCUUUUGCUAGAUAAGCUGACGUUAUGAAGUAGAGAUUUGCUCAGUUGAGCUCGGACUCGGGAUUCUCGGAGUGGAACAACGUGCCUUUAGAUCAACUUAUUAUAUUAAUAUGUAUAGAUGUGACCUUUGUAAACUUGUGAUAGAAAUUAUUGCCCAUUCCUUCAAGUAUCAUACAAAAGGUCAAUGUUUUUCAAAGUAAUAUUGAAAUGGAUAAUGGGGUCAAGUUCUUACAUUCCUCUACCCAAUCAAGACAAAAGACUCCUGGUUGCCUAGCCCAAUUUUCUCUUCCUAUAGUUUUUCUAAUUUUUUGUUGUUGCAUGGUAAGUGAUAUGUUCUAGAGUCUAUAAUAUUUAAUGUAACAAGAGUUUUGUUGGGGACUUGUCGUUGGGAACAUAAUAUUGUACAUGUCUAGAGACAGUUUUAUUGAAAAAAAAAAGAUAUAUCUAUACUGAGAGAUUGAAAUACUGUUUGCCGUGAACGUUUAAUAUAUUGCAGUGCCACUUGCAUUAACCUUGUCAAUUUACAAUGAGCAUACUUUUGGUGAGAAUUAUUACCAAAUAUUAAUUUUUAAACAACUAUAAAAGAAUAAUCUAUGCUAAUUUCAAAACAAUUCAGUGAAAAUCAAAAGAAAUCAAAAAAGGGGGAAAGCACUUUAUUUUUAGGUGGGUUGUAUGGAAAAUGGAAUAAUAAUAAUAAUAAUAUAGGGUAUUUAUAUUGCGCACAUAUCCACCUUGUUAGGUGCUCAAGGCGCUCCAUAUUACCCGGCUAAGCUAGGCGUUCUUAGCGCACACAGCUUUUUAAAGAAUAUCUUAUUGUGUCGUGUAUUUCAACUAUGGAAAACCAGUGAUAAUUUUUGUUAUUGAGAAUGGAUGUGUCUGAGCAAAGUGCUAUGCAGAGAUGUUUGUGUGUGGUUGUGUGUGUGCGUGCAAUUGUGUACACCGUAAGCAGUGUGUACACCCUAUAAGAUGAAAAAAUAUGACAUCCCUGGUUUUCCAUAGUUAGGAUUUUCUGUUUUAAAUCAGGCUCGGUGAACGCUCAGGGUAUGAAAUUUGGCAGGCAUGGAUGUGAAAUAUACGAGAAAUUUUGAUGAAACUUCAUUGAUUUUCAAGCAUAGUGUUUUGUUGUUGAGUGCUCGCUGCAGACUGAGAUACUAAACACCAGCUUUGACUGGGUGUCUAGAUUAACACUUCCCAGCUCAACACUGAGUGACACCAAUCCUAGCUUGAGCCUGAUUUUGAGUGUACAGAUAGCGUUUGGGUUUUCCCCUGACACUAACACCAACAUCAUCUUUUGUCUGCGUAGCUCAUAGCUUGUGUUAUUUUGGUGAACAGCCCUAUACACUGUUGUUCAAAAGUAAUAUAAUUCUUUACAGCAAUCACUAAAAAAUAUGCCCCAGUCUAAUUUAUCUUUGUACAGGGGCUCGGGGCUAAUUUGCCCCCUAAAUGCCCUUAAGAGCCCCUGAAAAUGCCAGAAGAUCCAAUGUAAACUGUAUAGAAAAUUUUGGUUGAGGAGCUCAGAAUUAGCCCGGGACAGUGUUUUAUGAACAUUUUUCAUUUAGCAGUACAGAUAGUGUAGGAAGAGUUUCUUAUAUCUAGAGCACAUCCUAAACAUGUCAUUUUUUUGGUUGAAAAUCAAAUUGGGAUUGAUUGCAACUCAUGUUUGCUCCUUGUGAAAGCGUGGGGGGGGGAUGUCAUUAUGACAAAUUUAUCAGAACAGCAAUCGAAAAGGAAUUAUGAAAUGAUCACGUUACAAUAUAGAUCACUAUAUUACUUUGUACUUGUUUUAUAUCCUGAAAUGUUGCAUGGAGAAGAUAAAGCAGAUUCUAUUUGAAAUCUUAAAAAAAAAAAAAUUUCUUAGAUGAGAUACAAGUAGAAGAUCAGGGGGAGUUUUCACAAAGAAUUGAAUGUGACUUGAAGUUGCUUUUUAAUCAUAAUUCCUUGUUGUGUUCAGUAUGAUCACUGCAUAGUCAUAUUAUGCUCAAGAUGCACGCUAAGUACUGCGUAUUCUUCAACAAGAUUAGCUGAUACAUUCCAUGUUCAAAUUGCCACUUGGCAAGGGUGGACCCUUCAAAGACUCGCGAUUGAUCCGAUCAACCACUAACUAUAGAAAGCCAGCAACUUCAACGUCUACAAUGCAUGUUUGUUCAAAAUACGUCUAGAUAUGCAGUAUAUUCAUACAUUCAUUGAUUUCUCGCAAAUUCAGUGUGAUAUUCUCCUUGUUUGAAAAGGAAAUUGGGCAAAUUUCCUGUAGUAGAAAAAUAUGACAUUGAUGGCUUUCCAUACAUUUGAGGUAGAUCGAAUCAAUCCUAACACUUGGUAAGACGGGGCCAUGAUGUCACACUCCACUUUUCUUUUUAAACAUCCAUUGUUAAUUAGAUAAAGUGAAUUCUGACAAGCUCUUUUAUAAUUCAUUAUGUAAGUAGUUAAAAUUGCAGUCAUCUAUCUUUAUGUUUGCAAAUUUUUUUCAGAAACCAGACAAAAAGAAGUCGUAUCCUCUAUGAUAUGCUGAACACAGAAAUUGUAAAAUACUGUAGACGUAUUACACAAACAGUAAAAUGAAGAGAAUUAUAUAAAGUAUAUAGUUCAGGAUUCUAGCAUAUAUGCAGGCUUGGGUCUAUGGAACAUGUUUGUUUAAGUGAAAUCAUUCACUCUCCAACGUGUUAAAAAAUGUAUUUGUAAAUGAUAAGUAUGGGGUCAUAAAAUUCAGAGUCUAAGUGGUGAAUUUCUUAUUACUGUCAAAUAAGAUAACAUCAACAUUAAUUUUUGUUUUCUAAUGAGUCAUUCAAGCUACAGUCCUCUGUUUUCAGUAAUACUUAUUGUGUCAUUCAAAGUAAAGUUCCCAGUUUUCAGUGAUAAUUUUUGUGUCAUUUAAAACUAAUUCCCCAGUUUUCGGUGAUACUUAUUUUGUCAUUCAAAAUGAAGUCCCCAGUUUUCAGUGGUACAGAAGACAGAAUAGGCAAUGUAACACAAAAUGCACGCUUUUUCACAGAAAAUUAUAUUUUCUAUGAUAACAAAAAUUAUGUGAUAAUUUCAAGGCCAAAUGUAUCAAAAUUAGGAAAAUAGAGGUUAGACAUACAAAAAAAAAUGUACUAAAAACAAGGCAUUAAUCAUUUCCUAGGGGAUAAGAUCAUCUUUGAAUUAAACAGUUGUCACUCUUUACCUUCAUCUUUAAACAUUGUCAUGAGUAAGAGAUAUCUUCAAUUUAAUCAUAUCUAUGGUCUAGUUUAUUUUAGUAUGAAUGAUGCACAGAAUUUGUGCAUAUUUUACUCAGAAUUUCUAUUAAAAAGAAUUCUGUAUAUAUCAAUACAUGAAAUUUUUAAAUGUACAGUAUAGAAAGCUAAUGGAUCCAAGAUUACUUUAAUGAUUUUCUUUAAAAAAUAAUCAUUUACCCUAAUUUCGAAAAGAUACAUUGUAAUAAUGUCACUUCAUUGUUUUAUUAUGGUAAAAGAUUAUGUGAUUAGGCCCAUGUGUUACCCAUAUUUGAUGUUUUUGUUUGAAUUAUUGUAUGUGAAUGAUAGUAGAAAUCAUUGUGUUGAUAAAAGAUGUAUGAUUCCAUAGCAGAAAUGCAGAAUUAUUCCAGGGGAACUGAAGGGGAAAAAAAGGGAAACUAGCUUAAUUUAUAUUCACAUGAAGCUGAUCGUGGUUGGUAUUGGAGUGAUUUUUGUUCAGUGUUCAAUUUUUUUUUUUGCACAGAUGUAGAGGCAGCCGGAUAAAAAAGAACUUUAAAAUCAUAAGGGGAAAAUAAAGUUAACAGAAUAAUAAUAAUAGGCAUUUAUAUAGCGCCGUCUAUCAAGAAAUAUUCUAUUCCGAGGCGCGUUGUUAUUCCCCCGGCUUUAGCUCGAGCUGCCUUUCAGCGCUCGUGCAUUCAAGGAAUUAAUCCUGCCGGGUACCCAUUCACCUCACCUGGGUUGAGUGCAGUACAAUGUGGAUAAAUUUCUUGUUGAAGGAAAUUACGCCAUGGCUGGGAUUUGAACCCACGACCAGUCAGAGACUAAUCCACUGGGCCACAACGCUCCACAUGCAUUUUAUUGCUGAAACAAUUCUAUCAAACUCUAUUCAAAUCAAUAUUGUUUUGUUCAUGUAAGCACUCUACUAGCGUUCUAGUCAUUCAUGCAAAUUUACUCCGAUGAGUGCAUGUCGAUAAACUUCAUUACGUCUGUUUUAAGACUAUAAGCAAUAUUUUCACCUACUGCUUUAAAGGAACCAACCAAUUGUAUGUAAACUUCUCAGCCCACAAGUCUAUAGAAUAAUGAUCAUGAUUAUAGUGCAUUUUUUCAUUUCUGUUGUCUGUCAGAUAUGAAACUGAUACUCCAUGAUUAGUACCCCAGCUUUAGCAUAGAUUUGCAAUAAGACACUUAAGCUUUUUAAAGGAAUAAAUCCCUGGUUUCCUUUUACUUCACCUGGGUUGAGUGUGGCAAAUGGAAAUCAAUGCCUUGCCAGAGGACAUUAAUUCCACAGCAGGAUUUGAACCCUAAACCUACAGUCAAAAGGCAUAUCCACUAGACCACGACACCUUAUUUAUUAUAAAAUUAUAGGUUUUCAUUCGGGAAUGAAACUUUUUUUGGGUACAUGUUCAUUUUUGUACUUUGUGUUACGAGUAUUAAUGUAAAAAAUUAAUUUUCACUUUAUUUUCUUUAUUAUAGUGUACAGUAAACCCAGUUUGAGAGAUCAUAUUUUAAUUGAAAAGAAAUGAUAUUAGUAACUUAUGUGUAUGAAAUAAACAUGAGAGACGGGUCAGAAUGCUUGCUUCAUUUAACCCAUAGAGGUAUGCAUUUUUCACAACGUCAAAAUCAUUAUUUUUGCUCCUCAAAUUGGCAAAAAUUAUUGCUUUUGUAUUAAAUUGGCAACAAUCAUUAAUUUUGUAUUGAAUUGCCAACAAUCUUUAAGUUUGUAUAAAUUGUGGUUAUUGGCAGCAAUCAUUGUUUAUGUAUUAAAUUGGCAACAAUUAUCUCUGAUUUUUUCAUACAUUUUGGUUAUUGGCAACAAUCAUUUAUUUUGUAUUCACAAUUUUACAAAAUAAAUCGAUAAAACAUAAAUCAAACUUAAUGAAGAGUAAUUUUAUGGAAAAGUCACCAAUUUGCCCUUUCGGGUUAUUUUUUUCAUCGCAUUGCCUACUGUGUAAUGAUUAAUUUGAUCAAGUUAAAGUGGCUUACAGGUAUAUUCCAGAACGGCACCACAUACUGUACUAAUCAUUUUCCACAUGUAAUUGUUCGCAUAACUGCAAAUAUAUCUCCAAAAGGGGGCACUGUACCUCUAUGGGUUAAAGAUAUUUCCCACAAUGUCAGGAGUCGAGUGUAGAGUUUAGAUAAAAACCAUAUUCCUCUUGUAUAUAAUGUGUGCUUUCUUGAAAUAAACACACAACUAUGAGUGAA